AUGUUGCGGAUGGUUACAAUGAAAUAUUUAAGCUUAUUCAUUCUCGUAUUUCAAAAUCUACUUUAUAUUCUGUGUAUGCGUCAUGCAAGAUCACGACCAACCGAAAUGUUCAACUCUUCAUCUUUGGUAAUAAUGAGCGAAUGUUUGAAAUUCUUGACAUGUGUAUCAGUUCUAAGCAUUACUGGGAAUUUAAAAAACUGUUUAAAACUCAUGCAACACAAUCCACUAGAUGUUUUAAUGACUUUUAUACCUGCUAUAAUAUAUGUCAUUCAAAAUCGUCUUCUUAUAACAGCUUUGAGUAAUUUAGAUGCAGUCACAUUUCAGGUGGCUUAUCAGUUGAAAUUGUUUACUACAGCAUUAUUCAGUAUGCUUAUUCUUCGGAAACCGGUUAGUAAAAUGCAAUGGUUUGCUUUGGUUUUAUUGUUUAUUGGAGUUGCAACAGUUGAAAGUCCCGUUAAUUCUAAUAAAACUAAUCACCCACCUAUAGCAUAUAAUCCUCCAUUAGGAUUAUUUUGUGCUGUAUGGGCAUCCAUAUUGUCUGGCUUGGCAUGUGUAUUUUUUGAAAUGCUUCUGAAAAAUACCAACAAAUCUAUAUGGCAUCGUAAUAUUGAGUUAGCUUUUGCAUCAAUUAUCAUUGGUAUACCUGUACAACUAUUGACCGAUUGGACUGAUAUUACACAAAAUGGCUAUUUUCAUGGUUUUGAUUGGUUUGUUUGGAUAGUUGUAUUUCUACAUGCAUUCGGUGGUUUAUUAGUAGCUUUAGUAGUUAAAUAUGCUAACAAUAUUCUUAAAGCAUUUGCCUGUUGCGUGUCAAUUAUUUUAUCAUGUGCAUUCUCUGUUGUAUUCCUUGGGAUGCAUUUGAGUAAUAGUUUCAUUUUUGGCACAUUAACUGUUAUCGUAUCAUCUAUUCUGUAUUCUAGUUAUCCUCCGAAAAUAAAUGCUCGAUAG